CGAACUUUCCUUCUCUCUCUUAUUCCUCAUCACUUUCAUCAGCAUCUUCCGCUACAGUCUCUCUUUACCAAUCCAACUACUCACAUUCUUUAGCCCUGGUGGUUAUUCAUUCGUUGUCAACACUUCCAAACUACUUCCAACUCUACGUGUUUUCUUAAACCAACCACCACAUUCAAAAUGAAGUUCUCCGCUGUCCUCGCUGCCCUCUCGGCCUCUGCCGUCAUCGCCGCCCCCGGUGCCGAGUCCUCCCCCAACAACUUCGGUGCCAUCGAGAAGCGCGCCUCCUUCCCCAUCCCCGCCUCCAAGGGAACCGUCACCUACAAGGCCGCUCAGUCCGUCAAGGGAACCUUCGAUGGUGGCAUGAAGACCUACGGCCGUGGCGUCAAGUGCACUGGCCAGGCUGAGGGUGGCGACAAGGACGCCGUCUUCCUCCUCGAGAACGGUGCCACCCUCAAGAACGCCAUCAUCGGUGCCGACCAGAUCGAGGGUGUCCACUGCAAGGGCUCCUGCACCAUCAACAACGUCUGGUGGACCGCCGUCUGCGAGGACGCUCUCUCCCUCAAGGGUGACGGCAACGCCUCCAUCAUUGGCGGUGGUGCCCGCGGCGCCGAGGACAAGGUCAUCCAGCACAACGGUCUCGGCACCGUCACCAUUGACGGAUUCACCGUCGUCGACUUCGGCAAGCUCUACCGCUCCUGCGGUAACUGCAAGACCAUGGGCAAGCGCACCGUCGUUGUUAAGAACGUCAAGGCCUACAACGGCAAGAUGCUCACCGGCAUCAACUCCAACAAGGGUGAUACCUCCACCAUCACCGGCACUUGCGCCACCUCCGUCAAGGAGAUUUGCACCGAGUUCCAGGGCACCACCCCCGGCAACGAGCCCAAGAAGAUUGGCAGUGGCCCGUCCAGCGCCUGCAAGUACUCCACCCUCAAGGCCUGCUAAAUGGCUCGCUCCUGAGCUGUUUGGUAUUCUUGAGUUCCGGUCUUGGUCGCCAACGCAGCUUGCUGUGACGGCGACGGUGCUGCUCUUGCCGCACUCAGUCUCCGAGAGACUGCGAGUGAACUUUGUUUUUGGUUAAAGAACUUAGGAGGGAAGAAACCACCCACAUUUUUCUUUUCUGUGGUGUGUAAGCUGAUGCGCAUCACUUGGCCCCUUGGCCAUUCACUGUAUAUAUGGACAUGGGGAGCAUGUACCUACAAUAUAAUCCUCAUGACUUGACUCAACUACUUUCCCUUCUUCAUCGUGAAUUCCUUAGGCCUUGGUGACUAGUGUAGACUCAACCUCGAUGAAUUCGCUGAUCUC